GCGAUGUGCACGUUUUUGUAGCCAUGCUAUCAUGCAGUACUUGGCAAACAAGUACUCAAAAGACCAUAAUCUGUACCCAGAGGACCCGGAGAAACGUGCAAUUGUAGAUAAUCGAAUGUUCUUCGAAAGCGGCACUUUGUUCGCCAGGAUUCACGCAUAUGUGAAAUUUUCAGGAAUUCACGACUUCCAGCUGGUCAAAUACGAGCACUUGUCCGCGUGGAUGAACAAGUGCAAAACCGAGUUCAAAUACUACAACGACAUCGUGGAAAAGGGGGCUUUAAACUGGGAAGAAUAUUUCCUCGAGCUUUCAGAGGGCAAGGAAAUGAAGUGAUCAAAUCAAUGUUCUCAUCGCUCAAAAUUGUGUUCA